AAUUCUCAGAGGCUCAUUAGGCAACGCUGUUGGCAACACAUGGCUCUUGCAAUAGUUAAAAGUUAACCGGUUAAGUUUGUAAGCCACUGACUGAAAUGGCCGACAAUGCUCAAAAAGUGCAGCAGUACAAGGAAACAGUUAAGAAACAGGCAGAGGACCUUAUCAAUAAUGGAUUCCCAAGAAAGAUUGUAGAGUUGAAUGAUCUCCUUGCUACACCACUCUUCAGCACCAAGAAUCUUGAAGAAGUUCACCAAGAUCUUAAAGUUCCAAUCCCUUCACCCAUCAUUUCCAACAACCACGACAGCUGUGAAACGGAAACCAAGAAAAGGAAACUGGAUGAAGUUACUGCUGGAACACCUGUAUUGGUGCUACCUUCUGGAAUUGUCCCAUGUAAUUCUCACAUAAGACAGAUGAUAAAAAUCGUCAAACCUUACAUAUGGCAUCUAGUGGAAGAUGCGAACCUGUUGAAAAUGUGGAUCUCAUUCUUGAUCCCAAAAAUUGAAGAUGGAAACAAUUUUGGGGUGUCUAUCCAGGAAGAUAUGCUAGCUGAAAUAAGAACAGUUGAGUCUGAGGCUGCUGCUUUUUUUGAUCAGAUUUCUCGGUACUUUAUCACAAGAGGCAAAAUUGUCACAAAGGUAACGAAAUAUCCGCACGUGGAAGAUUUCAGAGUAACAGUAGAAGAGCUCGAUGAAAAAGAGUACGUUAGUUUGAAAUUGGUAAUGUGCGAGAUUCGGAACCAUUACUCAACGCUGCACGACAUCAUUAUGAAAAAUCUAGAAAAAAUUAAAAAACCACGUACUUCCAACGUGGACAAUUUAUACUGAUUCAUUUGAUGAACAUUCGAUUGAACAUAUUCACCGGGACUUUCCAUCCGAUUUCCUGUCUACUGGUGAAGGAUUCAUGAUUGAUAAAUUAAAAAGUCAAUGGAAAUUAA